CCCAAUCCUCGAUGAGAGAGCCAAGUUCAAUCAUCAAUCAUUCAUAUGUUGCUGAUAACACUGUGGCAUCUUCAUCGUUUCGAAAAGCAUUUAUUAAUAGAUGGAUCCAGUAUUGGAACAAGUAUAAGGACAUAAAAAAUGAAGAAGAAAAAUUUCCUUCUAUUGAUUCAUUAUUUGAUGAUAAUCGAAGAAAAAAAUUCAACUUGAUUGUCAAAUAUGACAAUUUUAAAACUAAUUUGAAUAAGGAAAGGAAAUUCUUCAGAAAUAUCAACAAAGAACAUAAUAAAGAGGUGAAAAGUAAGAGGAAAGUUCUUUCUUUGUUUGACGUGAAUGAAGAUGAAAAACAAAAAAAACGAAUGAAACUCAAAAACAAAAUGAAAAAGACCAAAUCCAAAAUUAUUGCUCAAAUAGCUAAGAGUGAAAUACACCGAUGUAAAAGGGGAAAAUGUAUUUUUAAUUAUCCUCAACAUUAUUUCUUGACUCAAAACAGAAAUAUAAAGCUAAGGAAAUUCUACUCAUUUAACAAAAAACGAACUAAGUUCAAGAAGAAACAUAAAACAUCAAAUAGAAAACAACAAUUUCCACAGUUUAGACAUAAGAAAAGGAUUGGUAAACCAUUGAUUGUUCAUUCGAAGAACUUAAAAACUAGAUUUAAAACAAGAGUUAAGCAGAGUUUAGUAGAAUUGAAAAAGAAUCACGAAAAUCAUGACGAAACAUUUCAAGAUCCAAAAUAUAAAAAACUAAAAACAAUCGAAUAUAUAAUUGUAUCUCUGAUGAUGUUAUUUUGGAUUUUGAAAUCAUCCACAACCGGCUUCGUCCAGAAAAACAAAAGAACGUGGUGGAAGAAAACAUGAAAUCGACAGCAAGGCACUUGGAAAUGAUGCUUACAUAAAGAUGAAAAACCCCAAAGUGUGAUGCUUGCAUCUUUUCAACCCCACAGACCACGAAUUGUAAAAUGGAAUUCAAAAAUAUCAAUCAAAACUUUGUCGAGAAGAAUUUACCGAUUGCGACUUAAAAUAUUUCAAACGAAAUAAUUGACAAUAAUUUAACAUCUCGUAGAUAUUCGAAGAAGAUUCUUUUCCAAUAAAAGCCGUGUCUAAUGAUUUGAUAAAAGGAUCGAUUGAACUUAAAAUAUGAAUUCGAGGUCUCUUUCAUCCAUUUCGAGAGAGUACUUUUGGGGAAUAUCUCCAAUAUAAAAAGUCUCGUCAACUCGAGAAUAAGUUUCUUUACUUUGUGGUUUUCAAGAAACGAAAAGACUGGAAUUCAAAC